UUUCUCUCAUUAUGACUGAUAUUCAAACUGUUGUUUGCUUUUUUGACAACUUUUGACUACAUAAUUUUGCACUUACAUACAUAAGGAUACACAAAUACAUAUGCACGCAAUUCAUGAUGUGUGUAUGUGAAUGAGUGAAUUCCUUCAGAAAAAACGAUAAGAGUUACGCCAAAUGUCAGUAGCGAGCACAACGGCGUUGAUAAAGGCAACAGGAUAAAAGCACGAAACGAAAUCGAAAGUCAUAUCUCGAAUCGUUGCGAAAAGUUUAUACACUCACUCGCAUGUGAGAUAUACAAACGGACGGUAGUACGUUAAGUGAAACAGUGACAUUGAGAAUUUUGUGAAAAAAUUGAGAAAUAUUGAAGAUACAUAAUUUAGUCAGUAACACAGCUAUUGGCAAAUAAAUAAACCGUGAAAAUAAAAUAAUUAAACCUGCUGCUUUCUGCACUUCUAAAUCGGUUGCCAAGAAAUGUGGCCCCAUUUCAGCCAAACUAAGGUGCACCAGGGCAGUCGAAUGAGUGAAAAAAUUGGAUGCUAUUUGUUUUUUCUGUUACUCGUAUCUCUUUGCGAUGGCCUACAAUUAGGCGCUUUCACCACCAAAACGCCCAGGGUCACCAAGUAUACGACAAAACCAGCAUCGUCCUCAUCCAUGAAUCACGAAGCCACCACAUCGAUUUAUCGUUUCAAUGCCACCAAUGGCAUCACGUGCAUUUUGGUCAGUGUGGAUGGCUUGAUAAGCAUCAAAUACCGAAAUAAACUGAAUGAGGAUGUCGAGGCCGAUCUAUACCUACCCGAUGAGCCAAAGUUAACCGGCGAAUGUGUCGAAUCGAAUAUGGAAAUAUUGAGAUUGGAGUUCAAAGGAUUCGUCUUGACGAUGACAUUCCGCAAGUCCUCCGGCGGUGAAGGCUGGUACAUCAACUUGUUUGAACUCUCCUACUCUUCGUCGAACUCGCUCUUCGAACAUCCCGAUCGUCCCAAUUUGGAUGUCAAACUUACUUCGCCAGCUCAUACACCAAUGUACUUCCCAACGCCCGUCGGAAAAUCCUACGUCUGCGACAAAGAGCAAAGUGUCGUCUUGUAUGCGCCCAUAGAUUCGGGUGACAUGUCUGGGCAUAUUGCGCGUCUAUACUUACGCGAUCUGCAUAUGCAAAGUUUCAUGUUCAAAGAGAGUGGCAAGUGGGGCCCACCGUUCCAUUGCAGCGCCACAGGGUCGUAUCGCGAUGAGACAGCACCACUAGCGGUUGGCACUGCGUUGGCGAUAGCUGUAUUGCUGACCAUAUCCGGGUACGGUGGAUGGCGUUAUUUCAAGAUCAAGAAAGUGCAAUACGGUUCGAUGGAGUAAGGCUCAUGCAUUCCAUACGUAUCAAUUAUACAGUUGUGCCGACAGUUACACUUCAGUCAUAGAAAGUAUUUAGUUAAGUACCUACCUAAGUAUGCGCACUUAAUUUGACGAAGAAUGGCGUUAAGGGUUCCGCUUAAAGAGAUGUGCUAAAAAAAUUUGUUAUUGCUCGUAGAAGAAAUUUACAAAAUAUUAAAAUACGAAAAUAUGUACUAGUAAAAUGUUUCGAAUGUUAAAAUAUGAACACGAUGCGAUAUUGGCAUGGAAUGGAGAUAUUAAGCGAGAUAAAUUACAUACAUACGAGUACAUACAUGAGAAUUGCAAAAAGUCUUCCAUUAUUUUUAAAUAAAUAGAAAAAAGGAAUCAAAUGAAACCAAAAGCACAUUGAAGUGUGAACAUAUCCUACUGCAUACAUAUUUAUAUAUAUAUAUAUACAUACAUACAUAAGCAUUAUAUUUUAAUUCCUUUAAUUACAUGCUUAGAUUUUAAAUAAAGUUUAUUAAAAUGAAGAAAAAAAAAUAAGUUGAGCUUUUCGCGCUCUUGUCUAUAACUCAAAAUUCGGAAGAAAACAAAAAAAUUAUAUUUUUCGUCAAACUAAUUAUUUAACUAAUACCAAAUUUUUUUUAUUAAAAAAUACUUUCAACACACAUAUCCAAAUGUAUACUUAUACAUGCAAAUAUAGGCGCUUCUUUGUAGCAAAAUUCUAAAAUUUAGGAGGAUUUUUUAUGGUAUGAAAUCUAAGUGUUUUUGUCUCUCACAAAGCGAAAAUUUAAUACUUAAAAAAGUUAAACUGUAUAUAUGUAUUUAAAAGUGAAAAGUUGCCCAAACAGUGAUCACUAAUUUUUGUAUAAAUUGAUGGGAAAUACAAAAUUAAGCAACUUUUGGUAAUUUUCUUCGCUCAGUUGGUCUGUGAGACUUAGAAUAUUUGCUGUAAAAUCUAUGAGAAAACCGAAUCAAAUGUUGCUUGAAAACAAGCAGCAAAAAGUAAGAGCACUAAAUGAGUUUUUUAUGUUAUGAAGACUUAUAAGUCCCACUGUACGAGUAUAUGAAAAUUUAAAAUAAAUAGUUGCUGAAUUGAAUAUUAAGAGUACAUAUACAUUAGGCCGGGUCGAUUUGUGGGGAUGCAAAAAAAAAUCGCCCAUUGCUCUGUGAAAAUCAUAUUCUAGGGAUCAAAAUAAGAAACUUUGCCGAAGGAACCAUACCUCUAAAACGAAUUCUGAUGCCCUCCAAUUUGGGUCGAACUUUUUAGUUUCUUUUCUCAUGUAAAGGCCAAAAAUGGUGAUAUUUAGAAAUGAUUGUAUGGGGAACCCCCCAGGGGAGUUCCAGGGGGUGUGCCACUGGCAUGGGUGGAUCGGCCGUCCAAAGUUAGUGGGGGUCGGUCAUACAUUUGGACUCGAUUGGAGCACUCUAAAUGGGUCAAAGUGGGAUUUUUCGUUCGACCCAAAUUGGGGGACAUCAGAAUUCGUUUUAGAGGUAUGGUUCCAUCGGCAAAGUUUCUUAUUUUGAUCCCUAGAAAACGAGUUUCACAGAGCAAUGAGCGAUUUUUAAAUCGACCCGCCCUAAUAUACAUACAUACAUAUAUGCGUUAUAUAAAAAAGGUGAAUAAUGUUUGCACAAAAUCUAAACUAAAUUUAUUUGAAGUUUCCCUUCAUAUUUUUAAUUUUGAAAUUUGUCAUUUCUUAAAAAACUCAGUUUAGAAUUUUAAUAAAAUUUGCUGUCUAAGAAUAGUGAUUUCUUGCAUACAUAAAAAUACAUUCUAGCGCACAUACACAAAUAUAAAAAUGUACCUAAAGCAUAUCAAUAAUCGGAUAUCUAAGACGAAUUACCGCUACAAAAUCUUUCAUAAAGUUAUUUAUGUAUUUUUUAUAUGCAUAAGAUUUAAAAUUUUUUGAAUUUAUGCAGUUGACCGACGCGCUAGGUAAAGCGACCCACACUGUUUAUUCGGCAGUAAAUUCCCACGUAUCAGAGUUUAUGAAAACUAAAGUGUAAUUUGAAUAGUCCGAAAGGCUUAAAAGCCACAAUAUCACACAAAUACUAAAAUGUAAAUACUAAAGUACAUACCCCGUUAUGUUAAACAAAUUGAUAUUAUACAUAAUUAUAUACAUAAAAUAAAUAUAUUAAUUCCUUAUCAA